AAGUUUGAGAAAUGAUGCUAACAAGAUUCUCACUCAUAGUCAUGCUGGCUAUUGGUUUUGCAAUUCCUGAACUGACUCCACCACAGGAAUGGGUACGUAAAUGCACAGACAAGCUAGUCAACAACACUUGGAAAUCUGUGGGUUGCAAGGUGUUCGCUACCUCUUCUUGCCCUUCAGAACUAUUGGCAACUGAACAGGUGAUGUGUGCCUCACCCUACACAUUCACAAAAAUCAAGCGCGUGGAGGGUGUAAAGAUACUCACAAUCAUUGAUGGAGAGGAAGGCAUGUGCUUUGCUGAAUGUUACCUAAACGAGAGAUGCAUCGCGGUUGAUUAUCAAAAAAAUACCCUGUGUUAUUUGUACGCCGCUGUAUCAGAAAAACCUGACACAUAUGGACCCAGGGGGACGCUCUACAGGCUGAACCGUGAUCCGAUGUAUCUGCCGAAAAGUGUGGCUAUUCCCAUGCUGUGAAGAUGAGAUAUACGUUCCCUCUGAAGUGUUGUAUUUCAACUUAACCCAGCUUCUAUAAAACUUGCGCAUUAUG